AUGGAUAGCCUCAAUGAAACCAAGAACAAGGCCGAGACUUCAGGCUUGAGUAACUCUGUCUUGUGUCUAGCAACACCCAUGGACACGACCACAAGAAGUGCCUUGUCCAACAACACAGCGCCAACAACAAAAUACAAAGGUGUUGUUCAACAACCGAACGGUCACUGGGGUGCUCAGAUAUACGCAGAGCAUAGAAGGAUUUGGCUUGGAACUUUCAAGUCCGCUGCUGAAGCCGCUGCUGCUUACGAUAGCGCAUCUAUCAAAGUCCGAGGCUACGAUGCUAACUCGCACCGGAACUUCCCUUGGUGUGAAAUCACGACCCAUGAACCGGACUUUCAAGCUAACCACACAACGGAAGCUGUGCUGAACAUGAUCAAAGACAGUUCUUACCAGCAAAAGUUCGGAGAGUAUCUCAUAAGAAGAUCUCAGAUGGUCUCCUUUGCCAACAACAACAUCGUGGCGGCAGCAUCAAAACAGAGCCGAGGAGUAGAAGAAGCAUUCUCCUGCACGCAGCUUUUUAGCAAGGAACUGACACCGAGCGAUGUUGGGAAGCUCAACAGGCUUGUGAUACCUAAGAAGCAUGCGGUGAAGCAUUUGCCUUUCAUAAGUGACCAACAGAAAGAGAGAGAAGAAGGAGAAAUGGGAGGAGUUGUGGAUGAUGUUGAGGUUGUGUUUUAUGACAGGGCGAUGAGACCAUGGACGUUUAGGUAUUGUUACUGGAGAAGUAGCCAGAGCUUUGUCUUCACCAGAGGAUGGAAUGGUUUUGUCAAGGAGAAGAGUCUCAAGGAGAAAGAUGUGAUCGUCUUUUACCGUUGUGAUGUACCGACCAAUGUUAAGACAUUACAUGGUCAAAGCAACAGCUUCUUGAUGAUUGAUGUUGAUUACUUUACUGACAAGGGCUACGUGACCCCCAAGGAAGUAGACACGAUGGUUCAUAACGUUUUUGAAGAAGAAAUGAAAACAGAAACCAAAUCCGAGGUGAACAAAGGAGGGUUCAUGCUGUUUGGUGUUAGGAUUCAAUAG